AUGGAAACACCAUCAUCAUCUGUAUUGUUAAUAGAUUCGAUUACAAAAUUUAUUUUAAAUCAUUUUAAAAAAUUAGGAAAAAUUACUAAAUAUUCAUCUAAACCUUUAAUAGUUGCUAUAAACGGACCUCAAGGAUCUGGUAAAACCACAUUAGUAAAUCAAUUAAAAUAUCAACUUAAAAAUCACUCUGAUCAAUUAAAAUUGUCAAGCAAAUAUCCGGAUAACAAAUUGUUAAAGUAUCGUGGACAACCUGGAACUCAUGAUAUUUUAUUAGGAGUAAAUUUCUUUAAAAAACUAUGCGACAAUCAAUUCAAAUAUUCAACUUCCUCAUCCUCACAUAAUCGUAGUAGUCGUGAAAAAGAAGAAGGAGAAAAGGAAGUAUUAUUGGUUCCAUCUUAUGACAAGUCGUUAAAUAAUGGUCAAGGUAAUCGAUUAUCGAUUGAUAAAUGGAUAAAAAGUUAUCCACCAUUUGACAUAAUGUUAUUUGAAGGAUGGUGUGUUGGUUUCAAGUCAUUAAAAAAAGAAGAUUUGAAAAAUAUUUAUUAUGAUAGCAACAUUAACAAUGAUU